AGGAUUGCGGGUGUGUCACGAGGGCAGGCGAGACCAAGCAGGCGACAACACACACACACACGUUCUGACACUCGCACGGAAGCUAUCCUGAUGUGCCAACAUGAACGCAGGGGCCCGCGGACGCCAUGACUUUGACACCUGAGAGGACGCGGACCAGUCACCAAGAAUGGCAACCAACACCACAACAACAACAACAAAUAGGACGUGCGCACCGACUGACAACUUAUGCAUCGUGGUGACGUAUCAGCAGGCUGUGAUCAUCAUCCCGGUGUUUCUCCUCCUUAUGACCGUGCUCAGCAUCGUGAUCAUGUUGGUUUUGGUCUACCUGCACCGCAAGCGCGUCAGACGUGCCGCCGACGCAGCGCCGGCACGCUUCGGCCGCUCACGGCACAGGCGAACGCGCCACCUGCAGGGCAUUGAUGCGCCCCCUGGCAUCGACCCGCUGGAACACGAGGAGGUGCCCAUGGCCGUACACAAGAGGGCAACCGGCGUAGCAGUACCGCGGGUGACCACGGAGGGGCGUCUCGGCUCUUUCGGGCAGGUGGCCACGCUGCCGCGGACGCUGUCGUUCGCGACCGACGAGAGCGUCGUCCUCUACCGGGCCCGCGUGGACCACAAGGACGUCGUACUGAGGGUGCUCAAAGACUCGGCCAGUCGCGAGGAGCGGCAUCGCUUCCUGGGUUUCGCCUCGUUCGUGUCGGGGUUGGGGCCGCACCCGUUCCUCCCGGCCGUGCUGGGCUCGGUGACCACGCCGCCGCCCACCGCGGUGAUGGUCGUGGAGGAGUUGCGACACGGAGACUUGCUGGGCUUCCUGUGGAGAUGCAGACGCACGGAUGCAUCUCCUUACAAGAUGACAGAGAAGCGGCUCUUCACCAUGGCAACACAAGUGUCCUCGGCUCUGGAGUACCUGCACAGCCGCCAGUGCGUUCACUGCAACGUGGGUGCUCGCAGCGUCCUGGUGGGCGCCGACCUGACGACCAAGCUAUGGGGUCUGGGCGCCGCUUACCGCCGCCAGACCCGGGCCGCAAACGCCGCGGACGCCACCGAGCUGAAGAAGUGGCAGGCGCCCGAAGUGCUCGCCCGGAGAGAUUUCAGCCCGAGCAGCGACGUAUGGUCCUUUGGGCUCCUGCUCUACGAGAUGAUCACGUUAGGUGAGCCCCCGUUCGCCCAGGUGCGGUCAACCGAUCUCCUGCAGCACCUCCAGAGAGGAAAUUACCUGCGACGUCCGCCCGGCUGCUCCAACAGACUCUUCGCCGUCAUGUCUUCGUGCUGCCAGUGGAGCCCCCGGCGGCGCGUCACUGCGGCAACGCUGGCGGAGAAGCUCCGAGCGGGAGAGAUGACGGCCGACGGGCGGACGCUCGUGCGCGCCGCCGGACCGCUGGACACUGAGAAGUACCUGCGGGAGGCGGGCUACGGCGAGGCCUACAACUACGCCGCGCUUUGAUCGGACGACACGGAGCACCUUCGACGAGACACUUUGCUGCUAAACGGAGAAAAACUGAUAGCAUUUGUAUUUGUAUAUUUUGGUACUGUAAAUACAAUUACAAUGUCGAUUACUAUA